AUGGCAGACCGAGGGGGCGAUUCUCUUCUCAGGGGGACCCUCGCAGAUCUGGACCUCGUAGCUGAUGCUAUACGGCGGAGUUGCGAAGCUUAUCCAUCGGACACAUUUCUCGAUGUAGUGCUCUUAUUCUGCAAUUACGUCUCGAAGGUAUCGAGACUCUCGCGAGCUCAAGCAAAGACACUCCACGAAACGAGUGUAUGUGUACUUAAGAGGUUACAAGUUGACUUCGCGCCUUCCUCGAUAAAAGAUGACCCUAACCUCGUCAUUCAGACGAGUCAAAUCCUGCGAGCCUUGUCGAAGAAUGGCAAGCACUUCACGGACUUCAUACUGCCCGUGGUACCUGUGGAUCUGUUUGAGUUGGACGAAACGACUCGACCGACCACAAGAUUUGAUCCAAUUUUGUCGUCGGUGGAACAUCCACAAACAAGUUCUUGCUGGCACGCACAACGAUCUGUCGUCGACGGGAAGACUCUUCUUUACGAGAAGAAUACAGAAUGGAUACGCUAUCACAAGUUACCGGACGCCCUGAUGAAGGCUGCUCUCGAAAUCAAUCAGCUGGCUGUCAUCGAUGAAGUUUCUAGGUUGGGAACGAUUUCGGAUGAAGUUCUCGUGGAGUCGCUGAAUGCCAUUAUUCAAAUCGCGAUUCGGAAGCAAGAGGAUGACAAAUUCCUCAAACGUUGCCUGGAUCUGUACCACUUCAUAUCCUCGCUCAUCGUCGACACCAACUUCAAGUCGAAUGUACAUCUGCUCACCUGUCAUACGCUGAUCAGCUCGGAGACAACGAGUGUUCCUAUCAACUUCGCUCUGAUCCAGUUGCUCUUCGAGUUGUUCGAAUGUGUGCUCGAGGGCGGCGAGACGUGGACCGUGGAGAAACUCAAAAGAGACAUGAAGUCGCACUUCACCGUGGAGAAGCUGAAAAUUCUGCUCGAUCUAGAAUUAUGCAGCCACCUCGUGGGUUGCCUUUCUCGGAGUUUCUGCAAAGCAGCGCUGACGUCCCGCCAGGACCCAGAGGACGAUGAUGACGAUUCGGAGCCGAUAUUGGGCGCCUGGUACGAAGAGGUUCUCAAUCAGAAUUCGAACGCGCCUCAAGACAACGACUACAUGCUCCUCGCCACGAAAUCGAUCCAGUUCCUGGAAACUCAACUUGUCUCCGGUCCCUAUAUGGAGGCCUACUUUAGAUCAAAACUGACGACCGCCGACAUGGUGACGUUGUCCUACAUUAUCAAGAAUCUAGACUCGACCACGGGGAUUCAGAACGAGCAGUUCACCAGCGCCAUCGAGCGUUUUGUUCACAAUCUGUUCGCAAAAAAUAUUCUCAGCGUCGAGCUCCAGAACGAGUUGCUGUCCCGACUGGACAUAAAUCCCUGGAAACAGAAUGGCUGGCCUCUCGACGUCUCGCCCAGGUGUCUGAACAUCUUGGCUCAGGCGAUUCUUUUGAGCUCGAACUCCGAAGCCCUGAAGGUCGGUCUUUGGCAUCGGAUGAUCGCCUCACUGUCGAAGGCCGGCCGAACCGAAUACGCGAAUGGCCAGGACCUCAAUGUGGAGCACAUCCAACUGCUGCUAUACCUCUUCGACUCGAUACCCGUCAUGCAGCGCAAAGACAUUCUGCUCAGCCUCGUGAAGGUCAUCUGCGACACUCAAUCGAACCGGACCUACUUGGCUCUUGGACGUAUUCUCCACAUAUUCGAGUAUCUGCUCAAGCAUUGUUAUGCCGCCCCGACGUGGCUGACGGAGCAGGUGACGGCGAACAUAUUCGACAGAGGGACGACGGAGCUGAAAUACUUCACCUACAAAGAGCUCGAAGAGAAUUUCGUCAUGCAGGAAGGACCUCACAGGAAGCUCCGCUUCUACACCUUAUGCGAAGAAAGUCAGCCCGGUCAAUACCCCAAACUCGAUGGCUUCGCCGUGAAUUUCCUCUUCGAGAGAGGGCAGAAUCGCUAUCCGGCGCUCUACAGCCGAAUCAUUGAGUUGUUGCAUCUUGGCCGAGAAUGUACUGCGAGCACGAGCUAUAUCGACCUGUGCUCGAUCCAAUACUGUAUGGCUGGAGCCUGGAGGCUGUUCAUGAGCCUGCACCCAUCCGUCGACUCGCUCCGGAGCCUGAGUCCGCAUCCUCUUCUCCAAUGUGUGCUGCUUCCGCGCUUAGCGCACAAAAAUCUAUCAGCAUGGGCGAGGGACGGGAUCCACAGGCAGCUUGAAGACAAUGAACCUUCGAAGGUGGCUCAGCUGCUUGAGAGCACUAUCCAACAGUUUUCGGGACCCCGACAUGAAAUUGAAGUUCUCUGCGAUCUGAUCAAGAAAUUGGAGGACGGCUCUUGGACGAUCACCGAACUGUUCUGGAUCGAAGUUGUUCUCGGCAAACUCCAGCACUCCUUCAACGACGUCGGUGAGGAUUCCGAAACGAAAGAGCUGCUGGACGGCCUCCUCCUCAAAGUCCUCCAACUCAUCCGGAUCUGCAGAUCGUCGAUCCAUAAGAUUGUUUUGAAAGAGUUCAAGUGCGAAGAGCCGGCCUACGACGUCGUCCUAGAGAUGUCGACCUCUCAUUCGAUCGACACUUCACUAUCCGGCAUCACCUUGGCCAUCGCUUCGUGCCUCCCUGAUGGUCUCACGUCGAUUUUGAACUGCUGGAAUACUGCGCUCGGCGAUUCUUUGGAUUCCUGGCGCUCUGAUUUCGCUGCGGAUCCCCUACCGUCUGAGAGUCUGAUCGCCUCGAUCGCGAACGGUCAUAUAGGGUCCCUAUCGAGGACGAAGAGUCUAUCGCACGCGAUCCCGCUGAAAAGGGUCCUGCAUUUCGCUCUGCGUUUCUCGAAUGCACUUUACGCACAACAACAUCAGCAGCUCCAGCCCGAGUAUGCGAAGGAACUGAUUCCUCUGCUGAUCGAUGCCACGACCGAAAGUCAGAGCGACUUCGCUGUUCUCGCGCUGCAAGAUUAUCCCGGGGGAUACGAAACGGAUCUGCACACUCAAGUCAUAGGCCAUUGCUUUACAUUACUGACCAAGCACAUUCAAGCGAUCAAGAACAUGGAGCUGAUCUUUGAGGAAUGCAUUAAAUACCUUGAGAGCGUUAUCGAAAAGCCCCAAGGACGCCAAGCGCUGCUGAAAACGGCUCAGGAGCGGUACUUGUGGGAGAUCUUGUGCUCCGCCUGCGAAGUUCCCACCUAUCCGACAUAUGGACUUCACGUACUUCGGUUGUACAACAAUUUCUGGAAGCACGAGGAGCUCGCCGCCGAACUCAGUCAGAUCAGUAGGCUCUUGCGGGCCUUGGAUAGCGACCGACUGAAGGAAUGGUUGUUCUCGAUCGUCUCCUGCGACGACAUUCUCGACGACUCCGCUGGAGGCUGCGACAAUCUGUUAGAAUCGUUCAUCUCAUCGACAGUUUCGGCUGUCCGCCAUCCGAAGCUGGAUCGACUUCUGUUCGAUGCGCUAAUCGCUCUCGCCGGUUAUGUCUCUUCGGUGGCUCCGUCCCUGUUUUCCCAGGUAAUGGCAAGUUUGUCUCAGCUCGCAAAUUGUAGCGAAGCUCGCUGGCACCUGGAGCUAGCAACCAUUUGCGCUCAGUGGAUGGAAGCGUUGCCUUCGAAUGCAGGAUUCACGGCCAUCGUCGCAUACCAAGCGAAACUGGUUUCAGCUUUGAAAGCGUUGAACAACGCCGAGGUGAACGAGAAGGAAUAUCUCUCAUCGGACGAGUCUUCGGAUGUUGCUUACGAUGAUGAGUCGACGGAGUCUUUCAGCGACGAUGAUUCGACGAAACUGUGCACGUACACCGUCACUCAGAAAGAAUUCAUGAGCCAGCACUGGUACCACUGUCACACGUGCGGAAUGAUCGAGGGCGUUGGGGUGUGCAGUGUCUGCGCCAAGGUUUGUCACAAGGACCACGACGUGACGUACGCGAAGUACGGCUCGUUCUUCUGCGAUUGCGGGGCCAAGAACGACGGAAGCUGUCUGGCGAUCGAGCUGAGAACGAUGACUUCGGCCCUGUCCAGCCAGCAGAACACGAACGGCACAGACGUGGCGCAGCUCGAUAAACAGAACUCGACGUCCAUCGAUUCAUUGGGAUCGAAGGGGACGAGUGGUGCCACGGACAGCAGUCGCGAAAUACCUCAGCUGGCUCUCGCACUGAAGCCGCACGAAAACGAGCUGAAGAAGGUUCUCCUCAACCCUGUGAUGAUCGAGUGCGUGCUCACCCAUGUGACCGACAACAUCCUGCCCAAGUUGAAGGAGGAAGCGAUCGCGACACCCGACGGUAGCGCAGCCCGCGCGGAACGAGCUCUUGAGGAGAUGCACCACCUACCGAUGGCGUUCGACACGGUCGACAGUCUGAUGCAGGCGACCAUCGGUUCCCAGGAAGGCGCCUUCGAAAACGUCAAAAUGAACCUCGGCGGAGAACCGCUCGUGAGGCAACUCCUUCAAAACCACAAUAUAAGGAGAGUCGCCAUGUGCGCCAUGACGUCCGGAAAGCGGCAACAUGUCGCGGUUUCGCACGAGAAAGGCAAAAUCACGCUCCUCCAGCUGAACACGCUGCUCAAGUUGGCGGAUAGCUCCCGUAAGAGACUCACCAUCGUCCGACUCAGUAGCGUGCCGAUCGGCUUCACUGUCAUCACAGUCACGGCGAACCAGGCGAACGAUGAGCAUUUGGCGGUUUGCGGUUUGAAGGAAUGCCAUACGUUGACGUUCAGUAUGACGGGCAACCUCAUGAACCACUUGAUCCUGAACGUGGGCUUGGAGGGUCAGAAUUACAUCAUCAAGGCCGUGUGGAUCCCGGGAAGUCAAACGGAGCUCGCGGUCGUCACCCACGAGUUCGUCAAGAUCUUCGACUUGUCCGCUGACGUGACGUCACCGAUGUACCAUUUCAUCCUGGCAUCCGGUAACGUGAAAGAUGUCACCUUCGUGGUGGAUAAUCACGAACGGCAUCUUUUGGUCAUGUCCACCGACGGUUAUGUCUACUAUCAGAAAUUGUGCACCGAGAGCAUGGCGACAAACGGCAGUUUCUACGUGACCAACGUGAUGCAGAUCGAGUUCCCAGGAGCGACCGGGGAAAAAGUUGCCGGAAUUUCCAUCUAUUACUCGCACUCGAUGCAGAUGAUUUUCUUGAGCUACCUCAAUUCGAAGAGCUACGUCGCGCCUCUGACCAACAUGGACGGUACCCUGGGCCCGCUCUCUUUGAUCCAAUUACAGAGCAAGACGCCAACAACGCAGUCGAAUAAACUGACAACUGGACAGCCGCUUUGCGCGUGGGGCGAAGUUGCCAAUCACCCGGGAAUGAUUCUCGCCAUGCAGCAAUAUUCGAACAAUCCUGUCGUGAUCAUGUUGAAACCAGGCCUCUCUAGCAUUCAAGAAAUCAAGCUCCCCACGGCGAAGUCGAAGAUUUCUGACAUGGUCGCGUUGCGCCACCAAACCCGCAACGGUGACAUGAGGACUAAUAUGGUCGUGCUCUGCGAAGACGGGAGCCUCAAGGUGUUCGCGGCGAGUUUGCAGGAAACAAGUUUCUGGUUGAGCCUUCGCCCAUCAUCCGCGGCUCCGGAGAAGAAGAGUGCCAGAAAAUCCAAGAAACCUUCGAUUCUGGUGUCUCCGCAACAGAGUAUGAGCUCUAUCGGUGGGAAACCAGUGUUCCCAGUGGACUUUUUCGAACAUUGCGGUCAACUCCAAGACAUCGAGUUCGAGGGCAACGAUCUGCUGGAAGUUUACCACCGCGAGCAACUGAAAACGAGACUGUUGGGGAACUCGAUGCACGUCGUUUGCACGAAAAGUACCGGCUUCAGACUAGACAUCAUCAACAACGACUCGAGUGCGGUCAUCACGGGCAUUCGAAUCGCGGUCGGCUCACAGGACGUGCAGAGAAUUCCUCCGUACGUCGAAAUUUUCGGACGGACCAUCACCCUUGCGUGCAACCGCUCCAGAUGGUUCGACGUGCCAUUUUCCAGGGAAGAAUGCCUUCAGUCGGACAAGAAGGUGUCGCUUUUCUUCGGCGUCUCGACCGAUCCCGCUUUCGUCACCAUUUUGGAUUCGGUGAAAGUUUACGGCAAGGGCAAGGACGUCUUUGGAUGGCCAGAAGAGAAUGAAGAGCAGGUCGUCACUAACAACGGAACCACGGUAGCUCAGAAUCCGCUGGAGAAGCAAUUAGAACACUCUCUCGAAGUCAUCCAGGGUGGAUUCGCUCUGUGUCCUCCUGGAGAGCCUCUCAGAACGGUCGCUCUCGAUUGUGCGUCCCAACUGCUCCUACUCCCGUUGAAUAUACCGCCGCUGCAGGCUCUGGUCAAAGCGCUGAUGGCAUCGCUCCAUGUGACCACGAAUCAUUGCGCAUCGCACAAGGAUGAGGCCUUGCUGCAACACGUCGCAAGCACGCUAUCAGGAGAACCGGACGGAGAAACCUUCUAUCGCAUGACAGGCAUCGUCAAAUCGAUCGCGGUCGUUCGCCCGGAGAACGUUGAGACCAAGACCGAGCCAGGAUUCAUCGAUGCUCUAAUGAGUCAUUUCUGGAGGUUGCUCGGCGAAUCACCGAAGGACGCUCUCGUCGCCCCAGUCAGCUGCAUUGGCCUCGCUCACGUCGACGCAACCGUACACAACCUCGUCGAUAUUCUGUACGCGAUGCUGCUCACCGACAAGAAGAACAUCGUCAACAACUUGGUUGAUCUCUUACUCUACCCGAACAGCCGCAUAGGAUUCGGUGCGAAGCAAGGCCUGAUAAAAGCCGUCAGGCCAAGGAAAUGUAAGGGAUUCAUGCCGCUCGAAGCCGGAGAUGCUUCUGAGCUGAUGGCCGAGAGCGACGAGGAGGUUCUCGCUUCCGUGGUGGACCUCGACAAGAAGAGCAGCGAGUUGGUGUCAGAAAUGCUCGGACACCUGGAUCGCCUCGAAGACGGCGUCACGUCAAUUCCGUUCCUGCAAGUGCUAUUGGCACUCGUCUCUCAGCAACAGCACGUGGAAAUCCUCGCGGCGAAAGCCGUCAAAAUGGGAGCUGACAUAACCAUCGAGUCGAAUAAGAAGACUCAGGUGCAAUUCCUCCUGCUCAAAGUGUGCUCGUUCAUGCUGAGUCGCAAGACCCCGGCCAGCGAAGUGACCGCCGUCAAGCUCUACGAGGCGGAAAUCAUCGAUCGUUGCCUUGGGCUACUGGAAUCACUUCUGGUCUUCUGGAAGAACUACAGUCCCCAGACGGAGAACGGCCUGCUGAAAAAACAGCGUCUGGAUCUGUCGAACGUCGACAUGCUCCCAUUCUUCGCGAAAAAUUUCGUCCGGGCGCACGCUGGGGACGUUUUCGAGGACUACAAGCAGGACUUGACAGAAGUCACUUUGAAACUCCUUUGUCAGAUCAAACAGAUCCUUCCCGAUAAAAUCACAAUGGGUGAGAAAUGGGACGACAUUUUGUGCGAGCUUCUAAUGAUACCGCAGGCCGCAUUCGCUAAGAAACAGAUCCGGAAACUCCUGAUGCUGCUUUGCGGCUCGAAGGAAAUCUAUCGCUACGUUCAGGACGUCCAUGGAUUCAACGUACAUAUGCGCGCCGUGAAAGAAUCCGUCGGAGCCACGACACACGACGCACUGUCCGAUCUCAUGGAACAUUUGAAGAGCUGCGUCGACAUCGCCGCCGUCCGCGUCAAGAACUGGCAGGACUUCUGCGCAUGGAAUCGGUGGGUUUUCCCAUUCCUCUUCCGCGCCUCUUUCACCUUGAACGAGGGAGUGGCGCCGGCAGUCCUCCAGCUGCUCCAGUACGCCAUCUGCGAGAAGAACGGCCCGCUGAGCCUGACCGAAGUCCUGAUCCAAGAUCUUGACGAUACCUCGAUCUCGAAAUUCCUCGUCUGCUUCCUGCUAGAUUCAAAUACGGCGAGCGUUCGUUGGCAAGCGCAUUCUCUCAUCUACCAUCUGCACGGCGAUUCUCCGCCGCGACGCCGGAAGGCCAUACUCGACAUGAUGUGGAAACUCUGGCCGCAAUUACCGUUGUACGGUAGGAAAGCGUCGCAUUUUGUCGACCUCCUCGGUUACUUCACCUUGAACGACAACCAGGGCUCCGAAGCCGAGUACUGCAGCCAGAUCCUCUCGGUUCUCAAGCAGCAGAAUCAACUGAUCGAGAAGCAUCCCAACGCGUGGAUCUACAACGCCAUCCAAGGCCUAGUCGAGUUCGACGGCUUCUACCUCGAGUGCGAACCGUGUCUCGUGUGCAACAACCCCGAACGACCGUUCGCCCUCAUGAAACUGUGCACCAUGAAAGUCGACUCGCGAUUCACAACCUCUAGCCAGAUCGUGAAGCUUAUCAGCUCUUACGUGAUAUCUGGCAUAGAGCUCAGCAUCGCAGAUAUCAAGAAGAGCAAAAUGGUGAAGACCGUGAACAUCUACUACAACAACAGAACCGUUCAAAGUGUCGUGGAUCUCAGACACAACAAAGGUCUCUGGAACAAAGCGAAGAGCUGCACCCUCACCCAAAGCCAAUCCAAGCUGAAAAUCGAUUUUCCCUUGCCGAUCGUCGCCUGCAACCUAAUUAUCGAAUUUGCUGAUUUCUACGAAAACCCCGUGGCUGCCGCCGAAUCGUUGCAGUGCCCCCGAUGUUCGACUCCCGUGUCCGCGACGCCGGGGGUCUGCAACAACUGUGGGGAACAAGUUUUCCAAUGCCAUAAGUGCAGACAGAUAAAUUACGAUGAGAAGGAUCCGUUCCUGUGCAUAAGCUGCGGCUUCUGUCGGUAUGCGAAGUUCGAUCUCCAGCUCUACUGCAAACAGUGCUGUGCCGCCAACCCAAUCGAAACGGAAGAAGAAAGAAAGAAGGCCGUCGUCUACAUGAACAGUCUGCUGGACAUCGCCGACAAGAGCUACACCGUCAUGCAGAGCUACAAACCGGUACUCGAGGGUUUAUUGAGGAAAAUCUACGAGCGGGGCGAAGAUACGGAAGCGCCCGCUGGCUACACGGGAUCGGUGAACCACGCCAUUCAUCAACUAGCUGAGAAAUACGGUUCCGAUUGUAAGCCGACAUUCGAUGAACUCUCGGCAACCGUGCAGAAGAUUCUAGCGUGCCGGAAAGAGCUUGUCGAUUACGAGUGCAAGCAGCGCGGGGUCCCGCCCCCGACUCAGAGCAGUGUCUCUUCGGGAAAAUGCUUCGGUUGCGUAUCCGCUUCGAUCGUGUUCUGCGUGACGCUCCUGCGUGCCAUGAGCUCGGUACCAUCGUUCGCUCUCGCCUUCUGUGAGCAAGGCCUGAUCAACGAGCUCGUCGCUCACAAUUUGCGUCAGGGAAGCGCGAAGAUGAAGCGAGACGUCCGACGUCUCCUGGUGGCUCUGACAACGAACAACGCCGACGCCACCGCGAUGUUGAACCGUCUCAUCCUCGAGAAGGUACAACUCGCGCUCAGAGGGAACUCGACGGAUCUCACGACGACAGUUCGCCACGAAAUGUCGCUGCUCGCACUUUCGGUCGCCAAAAUCGACUCCUGUUGGGAGGAUCGGCUCCGGAACGUGUUUCUGAUUUUCCAGCUCCAAUCCGACUACAGCUCUCACGCCGUACUCGAAUGCAUAACGCUUCCCUGUCUGAACAUCAUAUGGGAAGUUGUCAACUCAUCGAAGGAUCCGGUCAAGUGGCGGCGCAUCGACACAGGACUGGAUCUUACCAAGUGGAUCAACAGAGAUCCAGAACACAGUUACGCCUUCUGGACGUCGAAGAAAGAUCGAAGCGCCGUCGCGCAAUGUGUUUUCAACUGGAAGCGUGCGGUCAAGUCUCGAAUUGUGGUAGACGGAGAGAAAACCACGAGGAAGUCGUGGCUCGUGCAAUUGAUGUUCAACAAAUCGUCGAGACAGGCUCGUGAAGUCGCGUGCUCGCUUACGAAGGCACUUUCGAAAUCUCCGUGGUGCUAUCGCGAGCUGCUGGAUCUCUUGACAGGAUAUCUCGAUGAAAUGACGGUUGCAGGAGAGAACGGCGCCUGCUUCAUGGAUCUGUACCGGAACCUGAUCCCGAUCAAGCCGUGGAAGCAGUACGUCGUCGCUAAAGGGCUCAUGAACAAGAUCUCUGAGCUGAUGAGCAGGGAAAUCGAAGAGCUGAACAAGUUGGAAGAAACCGCCCUGACGGCCGAUCUCACGCAGGGCUUUGCCCUGAAAAUGCUCACCGAGAUUUUGGCGCUGCUCCUGUCGGUCGUUGAAAUACAGCGCGUCUAUCAGGCCCGAAUGCUCGGCCCAGUCCUCGACGGAUAUCUCUGUCUGAGGAGACUCGUCGUUCAGCGGACGAAGCUGGUCGACGACACGCAGGCAAAACUGCUUUUCCUCCUGGAGCACAUGACCACCGGGACAGAAAGCGACACCAGAGCGUUCCUGGAGCUCUGUAUCGAAACGGUGAAGAAAUUCGGCCUGGACGAUAUACGCACACCGGUUUUCAUUUUCGAGCGAGUGUGCAGCCUCAUCUAUCCGGAAGAGAGCGAAGCCAAAGACUUCCAGGUCUCCCUCGAGAAAGACAGCCAACAAGAGGAUUUCCUACAGGGUAGAAUGCUCGGAAAUCCGUACUCGUCGAAAGAGCCCGGUAUCGGUCCGCUCAUGCGCGACGUGAAAAACAAAAUCUGCACCGACUGCGAGCUCGUGGCUCUGCUGGAAGACGACAACAGCAUGGAACUCCUGGUGUGCAACAAAAUAAUUUCGCUCGAUUUGCCGGUUAAGGAUGUCUACAAGAAGAUCUGGUGCGCUGAGAAUAACCCGGACGAUCCCAUGAGGAUAGUAUACCGAAUGAAAGGGCUUCUCGGAGACGCGACCGAAGACAUGAUCAGUUCGUUGGCGAGUAAGAACUCCGCCACGAUCGACGACGAAGAGGUCUACAAGCUGGCGGCGGUGAUGGGAACCUGCGGCGGUCUGGACGUCAUGCUCGACCGUUUGGGGUCCCUCGAUGUCGAGAAAGCCACGCCCUUACUCUUGGUCAUUCUUAAACUCCUCGGCCUCUGUAUAAAGAUAAAAAAGAACAGAGAAUGCCUCGUCAAGCUCCGGUGCGUCCCCGUGCUCUUGAAGUGCCUCAAAGCAUCUCUCGUGGCUAAGCAGGCACAGAUACCCGAACAGAUAAUUGAAAUUAUCGAAAAAGUCAUCCAAGAAGCUCUCAAACAAGGCUCGACUGGACUGGAGGAUUUCUUCGCCCACACCGGAACCGAUGAAGACCUCCGGUUCCUGCUGGAUCGAGUCAAAGAAAAUCCGGCGCUGCUCACCCCGUUGAUGCGCGUCGUUCCAUCGCUGACUCUGAUGAAUCAGACGAAGAUGCAGAUUCUCCUGGACCAUUUCUUGCCGUAUCUCGACUUCAAACGUUUCGACGACGAACGUCCCGCUGACUGUGAGCUGCCCAUGGAAUGUUUCUGCGCACUCGUGCAGGGUCUCGACACCGAUCCGCUCCAUCAUCAACUGCGCGAUUGGUUCGUACAGAAGGGCAUCCUGCAACGUGCGAUCGAGUAUCUCAACAUGAACGCCCCGCCAUCGACGAGCUCUCUUCUGGUUGUCUCCGACGGUUGGACGCAGUUCGUGGCGAAGCCGUCGUUGAAGUUCGUCGUUCGCUUAUUGACCGGUUUCUGCCGAGGCCACGAAGCGAGUCAGACGCUGAUCGGAAACACGAUUCCCGUAAUUCAUCGUUUGGAACAAGUGUACACCGAAGAGCACGUAGGAUCUCUCGCCGAGAACCUGAUGGAGGUUCUUCGAGAGAGUACGUCGAAGGUUCAGAAACAGGUCGAAGACGCUCGCCGACAAACCAGAGCCGAGAAGAAGAAGAGAGCCAUGGCCAUGAGACAGAAACAGCUCGGAGAGCUGGGGAUGAAGACCAACGAGAAGGGUCAGGUCACCAAGGUUGGCGGGACAAUGUUCAACCAAAUGGAGGCUCUCGACGAAGAACAGGGACUGACCUGCAUCAUCUGCCGAGAAGGUCACCGACUCCAACCGACGAAAGUUCUCGCGAUCUACACCUUCACGAAGAAGUGUGCCGUCGAAGAGCAGGAAAUAACGUCGUCGUCCUGCAAAACCAUUGGCUGGACAACUGUGACGUACUUUAAUCUGGUGCACGUCGACUGCCAUCUGAGCGCCGUGAACGUCAUGAAAGGUCGCAAUGUAUGGGAUUCGGCGACUUUACAAAACAGCAACACCAAAUGCAACACGCUUCUCCCGCUGUGGGGUCCUCAGGUGAUCGAGGCGCAUUUCUCGCAAGCCCUGAAAACUCAUUACUUCAGGGACGCGAUCUCGCAGCUCGACAGGAGUCACACGAACAUGGUCCACGACUUGAAACUAUUGUUCACUCGUUUCGCGUUCGGGAAAUCCUUCUCCGAGGAUACCGGCGGUGGAGGACCAGAGAGCAACAUGCACCUCGUUCCCUACCUUCUACACUUGGCUGUGUACACCAUCAAAAGCGCGAGGGCGGUCUCUCGCGAACAGACGGCCAUACGGAAAUUCUUGGAAUACAAGAUGCCGAAGCUUUAUCAGAACUUCUUCGAGGCCGAUAGUCCCAUGUACUACGUGACUCUCGCUCUCGCAGUUCUACCGCCAUCGGUGUGGCUUCUGCACCGCGUGGCUUUCCUCGAACGAUUGCUUCAAUGUGGUCAGGCGAGACACUGCGGUCACGGACAGGAGCUUUAUUCAUCCGAACCGGAAGCUCUCAGAGUUUACAAGCCAUAUCUGCUCAUGAUAGCCCUAGUGGACAGGCUGUACAGUCACAUGUUCCUCGUCGAAAAAGAAGCGACCCUCGAGACCUGGACCCAGGACGUUCACGAGUACAUCCGGAAUAACGAUCAAGCGCUGUCUGAAAGCGCCAAGAAGUGCUGCGAAUGGCUUUUGGAUUUGGAGAAAAGACUGACUUCAUUCGAAGUCUUCUCCGAGGCUCUACAUCUCGACCUCGAGCCGGACUUCAUCAAGAACAGCUUACGCUUGGUGUGAUAUUUUACUCUUGAGAUAAUGGUCGAUGAAACAUUUUUUUUGGCCGCUGCUCUGAGCGUUUUCAUCGAUAAACGAACGAAUCCGAAUAAUUCUUAAACACACCGAGCAGACCGAAUGGCUGAGCUCAACGGUGAUUAAACUGACCAGGACGAAGCGUGAGAGAGAUAAAUAAAUAAUAAGACA